AUGUCAGUCUCAACCGAAAUUCGGAAAAGCUCCAGUGUUUAUAUUGACAACAAGGCAAGCGAUGAAAAUCCAUCCGUUCAUAAUUAUUUGGCCUCUGAUGAUGAUGAUAUCAAUGUGAAAACAGAAAACACGUCGGCCAAUGAAGACUCAAACAGCACAAUAGUGGUAGAAAAAACACAAACCAAUCGCUCCUACCUUUCGAAGUUAUUGCAAACUACCGAUAUCAACAAGGAAGAGGAAUUCAGAAAGUCUAGUAGCCACUAUUUUAUUGGCAAAACAGAUGAGCUCACUAGUGAGGAACUUUGGAAGUCUGUUGUUAGUGAUGCUGCCUAUUUUAAAGGGCACGACUCGCUUUUUGGUGAAGUAAUUGCAAUAAUUUUUAGAUACCCAGACUCAGGCGAGAAGCUCAGCUGUCUCAUUAUAUCAAAGCACGGACAAAGCUUUUUUAAGGGGAUUAAUUACUCCAAAUCUUCCAAAUACUAUCCAGCAGUGGAAAAUUUGAGAACUGAAGAACUUCAAAACAGUAGGGUCAGGAAAUGCCUGGCUGUGUCUUUGCUUAGGGCUUACGCCUCUCUUGAUCACGGUGUUGUAAUAUCGCUAUUAAGGCAGGCUGAUCUUCCUCUAAGUUUUGACUGGGAUGAAACUAUGGCUGGAGACUUGGCUAGCAGAAUGAUGCCAAUAAGCUCAAGAUCUGCAAGUAGUAUCGGCAAAUAUCUAUUGAGUAUGGGUUAUGGAAGGGAUUGCUUGAAAUCGGAAUCUCACAUCGUGGAUGUUGUGUACGAGAAUGAUGUUACAGAUGAAGAUUUGAUGGAUAAAAACAACGUUCUAGCUUUUCUGCUUGGGGACCAGCUGGAGUAUUUAUUUGACUCAUUUGUGGAAUACUGUCCUGAGGCAACCGAGGACUGUUAUAAGCAACCGGGUAUGAAUUUAUCGGAAGUCAAAAAAGAAAAACAAUCGGUGAAGGAGAUAUACGAACAGCUUAUCAACGAGCAAACUGAGUUUACAGUUCAUUUAGUCGAGUUUAUGCAAAAACAGGUUGUACCUCUCAGAGUCAAGGUUCUUAAUGGAGAUAUCAGUGGAUACACAACUAACAGGCUCAAUCAUGCUUUUCCGCCCACAAUUGAUGAAGUUACACGGAUUAAUUGUAUAUUUUUGGACAUGUUGAAAGCUGCCGAACCAUAUGGAGCAUUUGAAGUUCUAAAAGCAUGCGGUACAACAAUACCUUAUUUUUACAAAGCAUGUAUGAGAAACAAGGCUGCAACAAAGCUUUUCACACAGGAGUAUGCUCAGUUAUCGCUUACCCUUGAACAAAUUAACAAAAGUGAGCUUUUAAGCUUUGAUAUUGACACAUCUCAGAAGCUUGUUAGACUUUCAUCAUCAAAUUUGGCAAAAAUUCAACUUCUAUUGCAGAAAUUGCUUAGGACGAAGGAUUGGUCAGAAUGUAGAGACGAUGAAAGAAAGCAGGUUGCUAGGUUGUAUGGAGUAUGCAACGAAACUAUAAUGUCUUUUGCAAGUGAUGAACUCCGGUCGUAUGAUGAACACAUGUUUGACGAAAAGGGAAGAAUCUUGGCCGACUUUGCCAAGCAAUGGCCGGAAGACCUUAAAAAUGGCUGGCUCACAAGGCGUGUUGUUGGUAUAUUUGAUGUCACUGAUAUGAUCUCAAGUGAUGUGAGAAAUAAAGCUGUUCUUGGAGUUUUCAAUGACUUUCUUGUUGUGUUUAAAAUAACAGACGAGUCAUAUUACCUUAGGUGUUGGAAUGAAGAGCGUCUGAAAAAAGAUCCAAACAGUACAAGGAUUAGUUGGCCACUUGCCUCAGACAUUUUAAUGCAUGCAAUUGUGAACGAGGUGAUUCCUUCGGCAUUACCAAAGCUGGAGGUUACUUCUUGCAUCCGUGUUGAUAAUAUUGUGUCAUCAUAUUACGUCUAUGAUGGUGCAUCGUACAUUAAGCUUUUUGGUGACAACUUUGUUGCACAUUUCAGAAUUGACAGACAAUCUGGAAAAACUAUUUCUGAUGUAAUCAUUAGGGCCAAAAUUCUGGGUAAAUCGGAAGCGUUCCAUUUAUUCAAGAAUACAGUUGAUAAUAAUGUGAUAUAUUACACGGCGCAUGAAAGUCAGAGUUAUAGGGAUGAGAAAUCAAAGGCUCCUAUUCUAAUAACACUGAACUCAGAACUGGAUACGUCAGCAUUGAACAGAAAUCAUCUUUUUGGCCUUAUUUCCUUGAACUUUGCUGAUUCAGACCACAUCUCUAUGGAAGGGAUGACAAUUUUGGAUCCAAAGUUCAAACAUACAGUUCCUACUGAUGAGUUAACAGAGCAGCUUGCCCAACAGAUUGAUUCUAUGAUUCCGGGUUAUCUGUCAAUACGAGAUCCUCUUCUUCGAAAUGUUCUUCUUUCCGGGGAAGAGUAUCUUGUUUCGUCAAUUAUCAACAUUCUUGAAAUCUCCAAAGAGGAAUGGGAUAACAGGAAGGCAAAAUUGGAGAAAACAGAAAGAACCAGGCUGCAGAAAUUUUCUAGCGAUAAGGUUAUUACCACAAUUGAGCAAUUCGCUAGCAAAGAAGACCAAAGUAAUAAAGUUAGGAAUUCCAAAAUGUCGCAAACUAAACGUGCACAGAGGAAAAAGCGCUUCAGAUGGAGAUUUUUAAAGCACAUCUUUAACCUGAUGAAAAAGUCAAAGGAUAAAAAGCCAGAUAGUAAUAAAGCGCAAGGCAAUAAGACCGAGAGUAUUAGUAAUUUGAAUUCUGUUGGAAAAAACAAGAAAAGUAUGAACAAGCCUUUGCCAACAGUGCUUGAAGUGAAAAGUGCGUCAAACCUAGAAUCAGAGAAACAGAUAAAUCACCCCAUAACCAAUGGCACGUGGAAACCAAAACUGCCUCCACCUGAACAACCUAAAACUAAUAAACAGAAUAAGUGUAUUAUACCUUCUGAUCUGCCUCCACUUCCUAAAACGAGGCCAUACUCGCUGCCUGUAAGAAGACAAGACUACACAGCAAAACCAAUUAGACCACGCAGUUCCUAUAAUGAGAAUGAAAUUGCCAAGUCAGCGGUUCAGAAGGAUUCGCAGGGUAAUGAAAUUCUACAUGCAGAGAAACAACUUAAUGGAUUAACUCCAUUGGAUGAGCAUGGAAACUCAGGUAGGAGACCAGACGGAAACGCUAAUGUACAAAAUACCAAUAUUAAUACAAACAACCAUUUAGCUCAAACUUCACCAAGAAGCAGACCAACCUCGAAGAGCCCAGCUGCCUUUAUAAUGAAGGAUAGUGGGUCGUUGAACCGGAGAUCCUCCAAGAUUCAUCGUGUUGACUCUUCAAUACACAUUCACAAGGAACUAAAGAAGCACAAUGAUAAUGCAAUAAAAAUAAAAGAAGAAAACGAGCCAAAGCAAACGAAUGGCAAGCAGACUAAGGAAGGGGAUAGAGUUAAAUCCUGGGCUGAAGUUCGUCGUUCCCAAGGGAAAGAGGACAUUCAACCGAUAGCUGAUGAGAAGAGUAAAACUUUAAGCUUCAAGAACGGUGAGCUGAUAAACAACGCGAACUCAAAAGCUGACAAUCCGCCUGAAGCAGUGAAGGAACCAACGCAAACUGGAAUUAAGUCUUCGGACUCUUUCUAUGAUAGGUUUAAGAAGACAGUGAAGACCCAAGAGGAAACAGUGAAGGAAAAUGGAAUAGCCGCGAUUCCGGAUUCUCGUACAAACACGUUGUCUAAAAGCUCCAUAAUGUACUCCCCAAGUGUCUGUGCCAAAUUGAGUAAACUAAGUGAACAGCAGAAAAGGAGGAAGAAGGGUGCCAACUGGAUUCGACUAUCAAGUGCAGAUGCCUCAACCGAUGGUGGUACAAUAUCAGACGAAAGUAGUUCUAGCACUUUGUCUACCGAGGAAUCUUCAGAGGUAGAAGUUGCAAAGAGUCCUUAUCCUCCUGAGGACGAUAUGAUUUUUCAUGACACCACUGAUUCAGAUAAUAGCACGGUGAACGGUACUGCAAUUACCAGAGAACCAGUUAAAGUCAGCUCAUCACCAAUCAGUACUGCCACAGUGAAGAUUAAAAGUACAUCAUUCUCACCUGCAAAUGGUAUUGCUGAUAAAAAUACGGAUGCUUACCCAGAUUUACACCUGAAAUCUACCAGCGAUGCCGAUAGCUCAAAUACAUUUACCGAUUUCAGCACCUUGAAGCAAUUGGGAUGGUCGGAUGUGGGAAUGGAAACUAUACUAGGAAAUACGGGCGGCAUAUCGGAAGCUAGAGAUACCAACAAUUCUUUUGACAACAGUAACAACAGUUAUUCUCACGAUUAUUUGGCAUCGGUUGACAUUUCCCGAGAUGGUGGUCUAAAUUAUCACAAGGAUGAUGAUGAUAAUGUUUCACGGAAGAAAAAAGCAACCAAAUCACGGAAAUUCCCAUCAGAAGAGUCUACUGUGAGCUUGUGCGAUUUGAUUAGUGAUGAUUCUUACGCAUACAUUGGUGAAAUAUUGGCUGGGAAUAUUAAAAUUGGAGAUAGAACCCUAUCGGAAGAUAGGGAAUCAUUAAAUUUCGAAGGGAACACUGCUCUUGAUUAUGAUAACUUGUACUCUCAGCAGUUGCGGGAAAGUUCAUUGAGAUACUUGGCAAGUAUCAUUGGAUCGAAUGAAGGAAAUUCCAGAAUCCAGGAGAAUAUCGUAUAA